AUGUGCAAGCUCUCUCAUGCUAUAGGUUUCGGCGCACCCACGUGGCGAUUGGGAGCUCUUGCGCACAGCAGAGGUUUCUGGAAGAUACCGCUGUGGAGCAAGGCUCGAGAGGCUCCUCGAGGCGGUGAUGGACGGUUGUUGCGCGGGCGCGAUUUAAUACGAGCAGUGGGAACAGGUUUCAGCAAAAGUCGUCCGCGAUCCCGUCCAGGAUUCACCCAGAGGGUUUUCUACAACCACAUAGCCUUCUCCUAUCUCGCUCAACUUUGCCCGGACUACUUCACGACGUUUGAGGGAACGAUGAGCGACAUUUGCAAUGGGUCUCAAAUUGCUCUGAAGUAUCUGUCGGAAAAAGUGACUGAUGAUGACCUAAACGCGUUGAACCAGCGUGUGGAAGAUUCACUGUAUGAGAGUCUCUCUGAGGCUGUGACGAAGUACAGGCCUGUGUGGGAGGUGGAGUGGCCGGGAGUAGAGGCGCAAUUGGAUCAGUUGAUCAUCAUUAUGGGAGCCACUCGAGGGGGGACGAUCAGGCCUGGACAGAUUUUUACUAUUGGAGGUCAGCAGUUGGUGAUGAGGACUGAGGAGGCCGCGCAGAUGAAUUUAAGCAAUCCUAGGAAGUGGUCGAAGGCUGCGGGGCUGUUGAGGUCGGGAGGGUUGGUGAAUGCUGAUGUGAGAAUAAAGUGCAGGCAGAAAUUUUGGAUACCAGAUGAGGAGGAGAAACCGACCAAGUUCGAGCCUACCACACACAUAUUUCGUAUAGAGAUGGACCUCAUCCCCCACUCAGAGGCGAUGUCUGAGUACAGGCCGACGAGCAGUAUGAAUCGGGAUAUGUCUUGUGGCGUAUCUUACGAGCCCACCCAGUGGAAGAUCAUCGAUGUGAACGACGCCUACGGUGGUAAUCCGCCGAUGAGAUUCGACAAUCUGAGCCCCGAGAUGGAUGAGGAGCACUGGAAGGGCGACACGUUCCAUACAGGUUUCCCUCCCAAAAAAUGA